AUGAAAAGGGUUCAACAACAGUGGAGCAUCUUCGAGAAAGAUCUGCCUGAACAAAUCUAUGUCCGCGCCUUCGAGGAAAUGAUGGAUCAAAGCAAGCAACAAGGCCAGUCCGAUUCGCCGAAUCUGUCAUCGUUCGUCGACCCACAGAGCCAUACCCAGCACAUCCCGAAGCUCGAGGACUUUCUCGGCGAUUCGUCAUCAAUGGUGCGCUAUUCCGAUAGCCAAACAGAGACCCAGGAUUCAUCGUCCCUGACCCACAUGUACGACCAGAGCUCCACCUACUUCAGCGGCGACCACCAACAGCAGGAAGAUCUCAAGGCGAUUACCGGGUUCCAAGCCUUUUCGACCAACUCGGGCUCGGAGGUGGAGGACUCCGCGUCCAUGGCCCGGACGACUCAGCAUCAGCAGCAGCUCGCUUGCGCCGAGUUUGAGGGUCAUUCCAUUGAGUCGAACGGGAACGAGUUGGGGGUCUACAACUCCAGCUGCACGACGAAUGCUUUGUCGCUUGGAGUCACCACCACUCAAAGCUCUUCCGAUCAGAAGAAGGCAAUUAUCGCCGUCGACAACGACGGCUCAAAGAAGAUUGCUGAUACUUUUGGUCAGAGGACUUCGAUUUACAGAGGGGUCACCAGAUUUAUUACAAGCUGA